GAAGGCGGGACAUUGACGAGCCAAUCACAGCGCAGCUGGUUGUCUCGGCGUUAGCUCGCUACAGCCCUCAGGUGGAACAGCUCGUUACAGGGGAGCAGAUGAUGUUAUAAGUGUGUGUGUGUGUGUGAGUGUGUGCAGCAGGAUGUCAGGUGUGGUGGUCACCCCGCGCUGCAGGGACAUUGAGAGGAAGGCAGGGUACGUGCGUCCAGAGGAGUGUGCGGUUCCCCCCUCAGUCCCGUCGGCGCUGGUCUCAGGCCGGUGGUGUAUCCGGGACGUGUGUGGCAUGGUGUGUGUGGUUCUCACCUGGUUCCUGGUGCUGUACGCUGACUUUGUGGUGAUGUUCGUCAUGCUACUGCCCGUGAGGAGCGUCGUGUACAGCGUGCUCAAUGCUGCUUUGUUCAACACCCUUGCCGUGCUGGCGCUCACCUCGCACAGCCGCGCUAUGUGCACUGACCCCGGUGCCGUGCCCAAGGGAAAUGCCACUAAAGAGUACAUCGAGAGUCUACACCUGAAACCAGGUCAGGUUGUCUACAAGUGUCCUAAAUGCUGCAGCAUCAAACCUGACCGAGCUCACCACUGCAGUGUGUGUAAGCGCUGUAUCAGGAAGAUGGACCACCACUGUCCCUGGGUGAACAACUGUGUGGGUGAAAACAACCAGAAAUACUUCGUCCUUUUUACGAUGUACAUUGCUCUGAUAUCGCUCCACGCUCUCAUCAUGGCCGGGCUGCAUUUCUUCUUCUGCUUUGAACAGGACUGGUCAAAGUGCAGCAGUUUCCCCCCCCCAGCCACGGUGAUCCUGUUGAUCCUUUUGUGUUUCGAGGGAAUCCUCUUCUUCAUCUUCACCGCCGUCAUGUUCGGUACCCAGAUUCACUCUAUCUGCACAGACGAGACUGGCAUAGAGCAGCUGAAGAAAGAAGAGCGACGAUGGGCCAAGAAGUCCAGAUGGAUGAACCUGAAGGUGGUGUUUGGCCAUCCGUUCUCUAUAGCAUGGCUAAAUCCACUGGCUGUACCUGAACACGGCAAAUCGGACCUGUUCCAGUACAUCGUCUGACUCGAACUGUGUCCUAAUCCUGCCAGAAGUGCACUGAAACGGCCUUAUUUUUAUUUCAAUCUUUCAGGGAGUGUCCAAAAAAAAAUUUUUUUUUAAUUUUUUUGACAUAGAUUCUAAACAUAUACACACACACCACACACACACACACACACACACACACACACACAAACAAAUACAGUACAUACACUGUUCUCCCAGUUUCCAUAAAUGGAUGAUGUUCUAGAAAGAGCUCUAACUAGACAUUUGGGACAAAGCCAGCCUUAUUCACCAUGUUGUAUCUGAACUUUACAACCUGUAUGGGUCAGUUUCAGCUCCAUGGUGGAAAAGUUCACCAGUAUUUUAUUCACAAAUAUUUGUACAUUUGUUAGAUGUGCUAGCAGGAAAUGUGAUCAGUUAUUAAUAUAAGUCUGAAGAUUACACUCAAAAUGAGGUCAUUAUAUGUGAGUGAGGAAAGAAAAGUUUAACAGUAAUGGAAACAUUGCCUUAAAAAUAUUUCAUUUUUUCUUUUUUUUCUUUUUUUACUGUUAUCAAGGUCUUUUCAAAUAGGACGUACCAUCUCACUGGAAGAGGGGUGACAUGAGUCAUACACUGACACUAUACAAUUCACUCUUUCAUUCUUUUCCCUGUCUUUUAAUGGGUUUAUCUUUAAUAAUUCUUCAUAAAAAAGAAAAAAAAAAGGUUGGUUAGCUUUUACCCGUCUUGCACAGUGUUCGGAAGAAUAUUUCCUCCAGUGAAGUUUAUAUGAAAGGUACACAUAAACAGAGCCUAAAAUCAGGAAUCCUCUAGAAUCAGAAUCAAUCUCGGUCUGGUCCAGUGAACAUGAGAUGGACGACGAUUAUUAUACAUGAGCUGCUUCACAAUCUGAACUCCACAGGAGCAAACGUGUCUGUGUUUAUAUAGGAUCAAAAUAAAAAUUCUUUGUAUUUUAAUAGUUGGAUUGGGCUUCUGGAGUGACCACAGAAUCAGUGGAGUCAAUAAAAGAUGCCCCAGUCUCUGCCAAAAAUAUUCAUCUUGGUGACUGAACCACUGUGAAAUGAAAAGGUCAAUAAGUGUACAAACCUUCAGUCUUUCUGCUUUUAGUCUAAAACUGAACCACAGCUUUACAGCAAGAAUGACACAGUGGGUUGAACUGUACACCAAUAACCUCACACUAUUUGGAUCUGAGGCAUCCCCCUGUCUAGAACUGGUUCAGUAUUAUCACACUGGUACUGGAAUCAGUGGAGGCACAUUUACUUUAUUUUCACUUUAUUGAUUUGAACUGAAACCAAUCAAUUUUUUUGUAAACCUCAUUUUCUUUUCUUGGGUCAUUUGCUACUUCAUACACACUAGCGAGCUCUCCUGUCAUGCAGCAGCAACCAAUGUGGAGAAAGGCUAGCAAGUACUUCCUCUGAGACAUGCUUUUGAACUUACAGUGGAACCUUGGCAUAGGAAUUUAAUUCAUUCUUAAGGUGAAAGUUUGUAUUGUGAAACGUUCCAGCUCCCAAAAAUAUGACCAAUAUGAAUCGUAUGUAAACUGUAUGGCUGCUUACAAAAAACUGACCCAAGCCAAGCAUUCCAUGUCAAGGCUCCUCACAGGAAGUCAUGCCACCAAGCUUGGGCUAAAAAUAACAAAAAAAAAAAAAAACAAAA